AUGGACACCUCCCAGUUCUUGCUUAGUCCUAUCGGAUCGCUCCCCUGCGCUCCAUCCCCGCUGGCACGAUUCACAGAUACAUUCGAUCUACCGCCUUCGUCCAAGAGCGAAUUCGCAGACAACCUCUCGUCCCCUCCUCCUUUCUUCGAGUCUUCCUCUCUCUCAGCCUUCCGUUUCCCAACUGAGAAAAACGAGGAUCGCACUCAGUUCGCUUCUCGCAAUCCUUACCGCCGAGAAAGGAAUACGUCUCCACCACGUCUGCGCCGAGUUCGCACGCUUGACCUCGAGGCCGAUCGUACCUCUAUGUUGUCUUCAUCGUCACCAUCGUCGUCCCGAUCCCCGUCUCCACCGCCUUAUGGUUAUUGCGAGACAUUCGAAGAGGAGUCUGAAGAAGAGGAAGACAUCUCGGCUGAAGAGCACGCCAUUCUUGCUGCUCGCUGCCGUGCCGUGCAUGCUGAACGGGUCGCGAGGUACCAUGAACAAGAAUUGUCUUUCCGUAUCCGCAAUCUCAGGGCGUCGCGCUCUCAGCCUAGUUCUCCUUCCUCAUCAUCAGGGUCGGCCUCUUUCCCAUGGACCCAACCUUACCCAACUCACGAGGAUCCUGUGACUGAGGCGGAAUACCGUCGUGCCCGUAGCGAAGUGCGCCGCCGCCGCCGCAGCGAACGUAUGCGUAUUGUUGAGCUCGGAAAUUUGCUUGAUGCGCGCCGGGCUCGUGUUUCUCCACCUCAGACCCCACCUCCAUCUUACGAAUUAUCCGCUCUCGGGCUUACUGGAACCCAGAACUCUACCUCGGUUCCGCUGGCCGACCAAAUUGUAGCUCGAAUGAUUUUGAAGCGCCGGGAGAGUGCCACCUUCCGCACCCCGAACCAUGGGCUGGAACCACGCCGCAGCUCGAGCUCGUUGCGAUUCGAAGCUCUCAGUCUUUCUUCCGAAUCGGAUUAA